UCGACCAUGUAGCAAAAUCUCGUUCUCCAACCUCAUGUGAACUUUAUCGCCCUUUGAGACUUUAAUGAACACGUGCUACCCUACUUUUUAACGGCAGAAAUGCUUAAAUUUUCUUCCGUUUCUCUCUCACACACUAAAGUGGUGGCUGCGUGUCUCCGAUGAACUCCAUAUUAAGAAAAUCAGUAAUUGCUUUCCCUCCUCAAGAUUCACACGAAAUCGAUAUUAAUUCUGUAUUUGCUAUAUACGCACCCACAUCUAAAUCAAAAGAACCCUAAGCCAAGAUUUUCUUUCCGAAUUCAUAAAUUCAAAAGUAUCCCACCAAAUCCCUUAAAGUACUCACACAAAUCUGUACUAUAUAUUAGUUUGUACGAGGAUUUUAGUUGUAGUAGCAAAAGGGGUGGUCUUGAUUGUUUUCAAUCGGUUCAAUUUGAUCGGAUUGGAGAUGGGGGCGAUGACGUCGUCUGUGGCGGCGAAGUUCGCUUUUUUUCCACCGGAUCCGCCGUCUUACAGAUUGGUGGUGGACGAAUCGAGCGACAGUGGGAAAUUGAAGAUGACGGAUGUGUCUGAGAGAGCCAACGUUGACGUUCUGAAGCUGAAAACGAAAAGGGGGACGGAAAUUGUGGCGGCGUAUGUCAAGAAUCCGGUGGCGUCACUCACUGUGCUUUAUUCUCACGGCAACGCCGCUGAUCUUGGUCAGAUGUAUGACUUGUUCUGCGAACUCAGUGUUCAUCUUCGAGUUAAUUUAAUGGGGUAUGACUACACUGGAUACGGGCAAUCUUCCGGGAAGCCUACUGAACAAAACACAUAUGCCGACAUUGAAGCUGCAUAUCGAUGCCUUGAAGAAACUUAUGGUGUAAAAGAAGAAGAUGUCAUCUUAUACGGUCAAUCUGUAGGAAGUGGACCUACUCUCGAUUUAGCUGCCCGUUUAUCAAGAUUACGGGCAGUUGUUCUUCACAGCCCAAUCAUGUCAGGAAUCAGAGUCAUGUAUCCUGUUAAACGAACAUAUUGGUUUGAUAUAUACAAGAAUAUCGACAAAAUCCCAUUAGUCAAGUGUCCUGUUCUGGUUAUUCAUGGUACGAAAGAUGAUGUUGUGGAUUUUUCACACGGGAAGCAGCUUUGGGAGCAUUGUGUGGUAAAAUACGAACCUUUAUGGAUCAAAGGCGGGAAUCACUGUGAUUUGGAACUCUUCCCGGAGUACAUUCGACAUUUAAAGAAGUUCAUAUUGGCUGUUGAAAAGUCAACACGUUUAAAGAACUCUUCGGGUUCAUUAACAGAUAAUGAUAUUGAUUGUAGAGAGAAAUCAAGGCCCAGCACAAGUACAGAAAAGUCAAGACCGAGUGUUGACCAACCUGAGAAAGGAAGAAACAGCAUUGAUCGAUUUGGAGGUAUGAUGAAGGCGGCAGUGUUGUGCAAUAUUGAUUGUUUCAAGCCCACGGGUGCAAUGGGGGUGGAAGGAUCGUGAUUUUGUGAAGAUUUAUGUUUAUUGAAUCGGGUAUUUUGUUGGUUUACUUGUGUUGUUUUGAUUGUGAGUUGUGAAGUGUUGUUAGAUAACGAAAAGAAAUUGAUUUUAAUUAGGCAGAUGUAUGUAUGUAUUUAUGUAUCGUAUAGAUUCUGUCAAAAGUAAUAAUGUUUAUCUUGGAUUGGAA